UCCAAACAAGUCUGUGGAGGCCAGACAGGCUCCAAUUGAUUCCCAGCAGUCUCUGCGCUUCCUCUCUCGCUAGGUUCCAUCAUGGCGGACGUGGUGCGGCAACAGGAGCAAGAGAAAAAAUCUGAGCAAGAAAAACACGUGAACGGGGAGCUGGAACCCGAAGAUAAGGAAGAGGCAGAUACGACAGAGGAAGCAGCAAAGAAGAAGAAGAAAAAGAAGAAGAAAAACAAGUCUGCUGCCUCUGCAGGAAAUAAUGAAAAUGAGAGUAAUGCCAAUGCUGCUGGUUUUGACAAAGUGACAGAUCAACUGGAGAAACAAGCCCUGGAAGACAAAGAGAAGGAUGAGGAAGGAGAGGAAGAUGGAGAUGAAGGAGAAAAUUCUGCUGGGAAGAAGAAAAAGAAGAAGAAAAAGAAAAAAGGAUCAAAGGUUCAGACUGAUCCACCUUCAGUUCCAAUCUGUGACCUCUACCCAAGUGGAGUCUUUACAAAGGGACAAGAAUGUGAAUAUCCAUCUACGCAAGACGGACGAAGUGCUGCCUGGCGCAUGACCAAUGAGGAAAAGAAAGUAUUGGAUAAAGCCAAUGAAGAGGUUUGGAGUGAUUUCAGACAAGCAGCUGAGGCUCAUAGACAAGUAAGGAAGUACGUCUCAAGCUGGAUCAAACCUGGAAUGACCAUGAUUGAGAUCUGUGAAAAGCUGGAAGACUGUUCCAGAAAACUGAUCAAAGAGAAUGGUUUACAUGCAGGCCUGGCAUUUCCAACUGGCUGUUCUCUGAAUAACUGUGCUGCUCACUAUACACCCAAUGCUGGAGACACGACAGUUUUGCAGUAUGAUGAUGUCUGUAAAAUAGACUUCGGAACGCACAUCAAUGGUCGCAUCAUUGAUUGUGCUUUUACUGUAACGUUCAAUCCAAAGUAUGAUAAGCUUCUUGAAGCUGUGAAAGAUGCCACCAAUACUGGAAUCAAGUGCGCUGGGAUAGAUGUCCGCCUUUGUGAUGUUGGUGAAGCUAUACAGGAAGUCAUGGAAUCCUAUGAGGUUGAACUUGAUGGAAAAACAUAUCAAGUGAAGCCAAUACGUAACUUAAAUGGGCACUCCAUUGGACAGUACAGGAUACAUGCUGGCAAAACUGUUCCCAUUGUCAAAGGAGGAGAAGCAACACGAAUGGAGGAAGGAGAAGUUUAUGCCAUAGAGACUUUUGGCAGCACAGGAAAGGGGGUCGUUCAUGAUGACAUGGAAUGUUCGCAUUACAUGAAGAAUUUUGAUGUUGGACAUGUGCCAAUCAGGCUACCCAGGGCUAAACACAUGCUGAAUGUAGUCAAUGAACAUUUUGGCACGCUGGCUUUUUGCCGCAGAUGGUUGGAUCGCCUGGGAGAGACAAAAUACUUAAUGGCUCUGAAGAACCUUUGUGACUUGGGUAUAGUGGAUCCAUACCCUCCACUCUGUGACACUAAAGGCUCCUACACAGCACAGUUUGAGCACACCAUCCUGUUACGCCCCACUUGCAAAGAAGUGGUGAGCCGCGGAGAUGAUUAUUAAGCUCUGCAAUUUCUUUUGUUUCUUUAUUUUUUUUUCCUGGCAAGCUUUAUCCUUUCUCACUUUGCUUUGGCAGAAACUAAUUAAUCAAUUAAUCUGAAGCUCUGUGUCUGUCUAAGCAGGGGACUUGUAUCAUAUCUGCCAUGUUUUGAAAUGGAUGGGAAAUAAUUGAAAACAACGUUAGUUUGUCGCCUUUUGUAUAUUUGUUUUUCUUUAUUUUAAAGCUUUCUUAAUCUAGAAAUGAUGAAUGUAUGCACAUUCUUUUGCUGAUUAUAACACCUAUAUCCAGUGUAGGAUUGCCUUUUGAAUUUUCCUGAAAGUUUUUUUUUUUUUGUAAAAAUAAAGAUGAAACUCAAAUCUGA